AUGCGUGGUGUACAUCAUGGAGCAUGGAAGGACAGAACUUCAGUUGUAAAGAAAAUAUGACCGCUAGCAGUUAAAUAUGAUGUGUUUUAACAUUUAAAUCAGCACGGAAAUCACUGUAAUAAUUAGAGACAGUACUUUUGACCAUCUAAAAUGUUUCGUCAGAGUAAGACUAUCAUCACAAAGCUCACAAAUUUGAGUUUUCAGGGCUCAUGGAGGUCGAGAGGGAGCUCUGCUGUAGAGAAAGCCCUCAAAUACACUGUGGGACAGAAGAUACAUAACUUCACUGUUAAAGAGGUAACAGCAGUGCCAGAUUUGUUUCUCACAGCUGUUAAACUCUCCCAUGAUGCCACAGGAGCUCAAUAUCUGCAUGCAGCCCGAGAUGAUUCCAACAACCUCUUCAGCGUGCUGUUUCGUACCACCCCAAUGGACAGCACUGGUGUUCCUCACAUCCUGGAGCACACCGUUCUGUGUGGCUCUCAGCGUUUCCCCUGCAGAGACCCCUUUUUUAAGAUGCUCAACCGCUCGCUCUCCACCUUCAUGAAUGCAUUCACAGCCAGCGAUUACACCAUGUACCCGUUCUCCACCCAGAAUGCCAAAGACUUCAAGAACCUCCUGUCAGUCUAUCUGGACGCUGUCUUCUUCCCUUGUCUCAGAGAGCUGGACUUCUGGCAGGAGGGCUGGAGGCUGGAGCAUGAGAACCCCACUGACCCCUCAAGUCCUCUGGUGUUCAAGGGUGUGGUGUUCAAUGAGAUGAAGGGAGUGUUUUCAGAUAAUGAGCGUCUGUACGCUCAGCACCUGCAGAAUAAACUCCUCCCGGAUCACACUUACUCUGUGGUGUCUGGUGGGGAACCGCUCGCUAUUCCUGAGCUGACCUGGGAACAGCUCAAACAUUUCCACGCCACACACUACCAUCCCAGCAAUGCACGUUUCUUCACAUAUGGGGAUUUGCCAUUAGAGCAGCACCUGCAGCAGAUUGAAGAAGAGGCUUUGUCAAAAUUUGAGAGAACUGAACCAAACACUGCCGUUCCUCCUCAGACGCCAUGGGACAAACCUAGAAUGGAUCAUGUGAGCUGCAGGCCUGACGCUCUUGCUCCAGACCCUGUGAAGCAGAACACACUCUGCAUGAGCUUUCUGCUGGGAGACAUCACAGACACGUUCGAGAUGUUUACUCUGAGCCUCCUCUCCUCUCUCAUGAUGUCUGGCCCAAACUCUCCAUUCUAUAAAGCCCUGAUUGAGCCAAAGAUCGGCUCAGACUUCUCCUCCUCUGCGGGGUUUGACGGCAGCACUAGACAAGCAUCUUUCACAAUCGGUCUUCAAGGCAUGGCGGAGGACGACACUGAGACGGUCAAACACAUCAUUGCCCAAACCAUUGAUGACAUCAUUGCAUCUGGUUUUGAAGAGGAGCAGAUUGAAGCUCUGCUGCAUAAAAUCGAGAUUCAGAUGAAACAUCAGUCCACCAGCUUCGGCCUAGCUCUCGCUUCAUAUAUUGCCUCCCUCUGGAAUCAUGAUGGUGAUCCAGUGCAGCUGCUGAAGAUCAGUGAAAGUGUGUCCAGAUUCCGGCAGUGUUUGAAGGAAAACCCUCGCUACCUUCAGGAGAAAGUCCAGCACUACUUUAAGAAUAACACUCAUCAACUGACCCUUUCUAUGAGCCCUGAUGAGAGAUUCUUGGAGAAACAGGCUGAAGCUGAAGAACAGAAACUACAGCAGAAAAUACAGAUCCUCAGCGAUGAAGACCGCAAGGACAUCUAUGAGAAAGGUUUACAGCUGUUGGCCGUUCAGAGCACAACUCAAGACGCUUCAUGUCUGCCUGCAUUAAAAGUGUCCGACAUCGAGCCCAUCAUUCCCUACACACCUGUACAGCUCGGAGCCGCAGGUGGUGUACCUGUACAGUACUGUGAGCAGCCCACCAACGGCAUGGUGUAUUUCAGAGCGAUGAGCAACAUCAACUCCCUCCCUGAAGACCUCAAGAUCUACGUUCCUCUGUUCUGCAGCGUCAUUACGAAGAUGGGCAGUGGGAUGCUGGAUUACCGUCAGCAGGCCCAGCGCAUUGAGCUGAAGACCGGAGGACUGUCUGUUUCUCCCCAGAUCAUCCCAGACACUGAAGAUCUUGAUCUGUACGAGCAGGGUAUUGUCCUGUCAUCUUCCUGUCUGGAGAGGAAUCUGCCAGACAUGUUUCAGCUGUGGAGCGACCUAUUCAACAGUCCUCGAUUUGAUGACGAGGAGCGUCUGCGUGUGCUGGUGAUGAUGUCAGCUCAGGAACUGUCCAAUGGCAUCUCUUACUCUGGUCACAUGUACGCAAUGACACGAGCAGCUCGAUCGCUCACGCCCACAGCAGACCUGCAGGAGAGCUUCAGCGGGAUGGACCAGGUCAAGUUUAUGAAAAGAAUAGCUGAGAUGACUGACCUGACGUCAGUUUUGAGGAAGCUUCCCCGCAUAAAGAGACACUUGUUCAAUCCUGAGAACAUGAGGUGUGCUCUGAACGCCACACCGCAGAAGAUGCCUGAUGUAGCAGCAGAGGUGGAGCGCUUUAUUGGGAAUAUAGCAGGAAACAGGAAGGAGCGCAAACCUGUCAGACCAUCCGUUGUAGAGAGAGCUUUAGGUCCUGAAGCUGGAGCAGCAGCGACUCGUAAACUCAUCUCAGAGGCUCAUUUUAAACCCUGUCAGAUGAAGACUUAUUUCCAGCUUCCCUUCAAUGUGAACUUUGUCAGUGAGUGUGUGCGGACGGUUCCGUUCACACAUGCUGAUUAUGCAAGUCUGUGUAUUUUAGGAAGAAUGAUGACCGCCAAGUUCCUCCAUGGAGAGAUCAGAGAAAAGGGUGGAGCUUAUGGGGGCGGAGCUAGAAUGGGAGGAGGCGGCCUGUUCUCCUUUUAUUCCUACAGAGACCCAAAUUCCACCCAGACGCUGUCUGCUUUUCGUGGUGGAGUGGAGUGGGCGCGAGCGGGGAAAUUCACCCAGCAGGACAUCGAUGAGGCCAAGCUCUCGGUUUUCUCUGCUGUCGACGCUCCUGUUGCUCCUUCAGAUAAAGGUUUGGGGCGUUUUUUAAACGGCAUCACAGAUGAGAUGAAGCAAGCGCACAGAGAGAGACUCUUCGCUGUGACUGAAAGAAAUCUCAUUGAUGUCGCUGGCAGGUAUCUAGGUAUCGGUCAGCAGACUUGUGGAGUGGCGAUUUUAGGCCCAGAAAAUGAAAGCAUCAGAAAAGACCCUUCAUGGGUGGUCAAAUAGACAUUUUUCCCAUCUUUUCUCAUUAUUAGGAUGAUAAGAACCACGCACAUGUUCCUGGAUCACGCACAGAUCACUCUGGGUCCGUACAGGAGUCCUCAUGAUGAACAGAAGUGUUGAAAAUAGUGCUGAGCUCACUUGUUUAUUUCAGUAAAGCAGCGUUUGUUUACA